AUGCGAUCCAACUGCCAACAACAUCAUAAUUGCAAAGUGCAUACUCAUGGGCAGGAUUGCUAUCGGCCAGUUCCAGAGGUGAUGGCCGAACAUCCCGGAAUGGAUGGUUAUUGCUAUUUCAAUCAAACUGGCUUUUGGGUGACUCCGUUACCUGACAAAGGUCAGGAUUUUAUCGAAUAUGCCAAGAAGGGCAUACUUGGUCUAAGAACGAUGGGUGACUACGGCGGGAAGGAUCAAGGUCCGCUGAUCACUUUCAAUUUUGAGGGCCAGGUAAUCACAAGCUACAUGGACUUACCGCAUUAUUCCUAUGAUGACCUCUACGGAUACUCUUUGGGCUUCUUGCAAGGGCAGGGCCUAGAUACAGAGCUGAUGAAGAACGCCAGCGGCUGGAUAGCCAUUUCGAGGCAGAAGUGUUUGGAAAUCCAGACCAAGUACAACAUCCAAAAUGAAGAGUUGGUGCUGGCUGAUUGGUUGGACGACAACAUGGUCCUUUUGGCAAAGGUGAUGUGCAGCGCAAACCUCACCGCUGUGCACAUGCGUCCUGACAUCAAAGAAAAAGCCAAAUGGAGAAGCCUGACAGAUUGCGAACCCAUCACAGCCAGGGAUUUUGCCAAGCACCAUUACAUCAAGUGCCUCCUUGGAUACCCGAAUUCGGCGUCAGAUGGUGCAUAUCUCAACGCACACGCGUGUCUUCUAGGAAAUCAUAUAGGGCACUUUACUGAUUGCCCCUAUUCACCAAAUGUUCGCUUUUGA